AUGCCACAGAGAACAAAUGGGCAUUUCCUGCUAUUACUGUUACAGUUUCAACAUUUUCAGUCGCAGUUCUUGAUUUAUGAAAGGGUUCAAAUAAUCACGUGUCAAGCGGUCGUAGCUUGGAAACCCAACGAACCACUCUCAGUGGAAACCAUCGAGGUGGCUCCGCCAAAAACAGGCGAAGUUAGGGUGAAAAUCGUGGCCACUGGGGUGUGUCAUACAGACGUGAAUCUUACUGCAGGAUAUGAUCCAGAUGUUGUCUUCCCGGUCAUUUUCGGUCACGAAGGAGCUGGAAUUGUGGAAAGUGUCGGAGAUGGCGUCACGAAGUUCAAAUCGGGAGACCACGUGAUUCCAUUGUACAUUCCGCAGUGUUUCGAGUGCAGAGCUUGCAAGAAUCCCAAGACAAAUUUGUGCACGAAAACUGGUUCUAGUCACGGAAAAGGGGUUAUGCAAGAUGGUACAGCUCGCUUCACCUGUAAGGGGCAACCGGUGUACCAUUGUAUGCAUACUUCCACGUUUUCCGAGUACACAGUCGUAGAAGAAAUAUAUUUGUGUAAGAUAGAUGAAGCUGCUCCAUUGGAAAAAGUUUGCUUAUUGGGAUGUGGCAUUCCAACCGGAUAUGGAGCAGCUCUGAAUGCAGCCCAAGUCGAAAAAGGAAGCAGCUGUGCCGUUUGGGGUCUUGGAGCUGUUGGAUUAGCCGCAGCUAUGGGUUGUAAGGCUGCUGGAGCAACGAGAAUCAUUGGCGUCGAUAUUAAUCCUGAGAAAUUCAAACUUGCGGAAAAAUUCGGCUGUACAGAGUUUGUGAACCCCAAUGAUUAUGAUAAACCCAUUCAACAGGUGCUCAUGGCAAAGACGCAAGGAGGCUUAGAUUACACCUUUGAAUGCGUAGGUAAUGUAUUGACGAUGCGUGCAGCACUUGAAUCCUGCUGCCGUGGAUGGGGAGUCUCGGUCAUCGUUGGAGUGGCAGAAUCCGGUCGUGAAAUCUCAACACGGCCGUUUUAUUUGAUUGCCGGAAGAACGUGGAAGGGCACUGCUUUUGGAGGAUGGAAAAGUGUGGAAAGCGUUCCAAAGCUUGUUUCCAAAUAUAUGAACAAGGAAAUAAUGGUGGACGAAUUUAUUACUCAUACCUUGCGAAUUGAUGAAAUCAACGAAGCGUUCAAACUUAUGAAAGAAGGCAAAAGCAUCCGAUCAGUUGUAAUAUUUUAAAUGGAAUUUGUAAAAAGUAAUUUGACUGCAUGUAACGUGUGGCAUAAAUUUUCGUUUUAAUUACACUGUUGUCAUACAUGCUUUGACGUUAAUUUAUGGUUCCUUAGGCUGGAAUCACCUAAAACAAGGCAAUAAAAAUGUGCAGUACAAAAUUGUUUUCACCUUUUUUUGGGAUUAUCGUUAGGAUCGACAUGCUCAAUAUUUUACCUGAAUAAACAAAGA